AUGGGCUGUUCUGUUGCCGUUGUGUUAGAGACGCCGGCAGUGGCAGUUGUCAGUGUAUCGUUUGCUGCUGAUAUGAUUGUCACAGUCGUCGGCGUGAUGGCUGUGGGCGUAAUGGGUGUCACCAUGGUGGCCGUCGGUGUAAUGAGUGAUGGUGUUGUGACUCUCAUCAUGGUGUCCAUCACCAUGGCAGCUGCAGCCGCAGUGUUCGUCACCAUGGUGUCUGCCACUGCGGUAACCGCCAGUGUAGGAACCGAUGCUGUCGUACCUAUUUCUGUGGACCGUGUUUCGACGAAGAUCGUCUGCGUGACGGCCACAGGUGUGGUAUCAGUCACCGUGGUGCCUGUGGCUGUGGUAUCCACUGUUACGACAUCAGCCACCCUUGUACUUGUCGUCACAGUACCUGUCAUCGAGGUAUCCAUUCUCCUGGUACCCGUCGUCGUGGUACCUGCAAUUGUGGUACCCAUCGUCAUGGUAUCUGCAGUUGUGGUAUCCUUUGUCAUGGUACCAGUGCCGGUGGUAGCUGGAAUUGUGGUAUUCGUACUCGUGAUAUCCGUCUUCGUGGUAUCUGUCGCCGGGAUACCCGUUGUCGUGAUACUCCUUGUCACGGUAGCAGCAGUCGUAGUACCUGAUCUCGUGCUGUCCGUCACCGUGGCAUGCAUUGUUGUAGUGCCCGUCAUCUUGGUAACCGUCGUCGUAGUACCCGUCGUUGUGGUACCCACUGCUGUGGCAGGCGUUACUGCGGGGACUCCCUCUGUGGAGACCACCAGUGUGGACUGCGUUGGCGCAGUGGCUGUCACCGUCGCGCUACUCGGUAUCGCUUCUGUCGGCAUGGUAGGGGUGGCCGUGGUGCCAGACAAAGUAGCGUGCGUCGGCGUGCUGGUUGUCAGUUUGACGUCGGACAACAGAUGA